AUGAACCUGGUGCAUAAGCUCCGGUCAUCGGAGAUUGUACAGGAUGAAGUGGGAGUGAUUUGCCGAAGCAUUAGAAGAUAUAUGCAGGAGUUGGGCAAUAAUACUUGGCAUCCUAUUAAUAGAGAGGCUAAUGCAUUGGCACUCCUAGUCACUCAUGCGGAGGUUUGUUGGGAUGAGAGAAUGAUUUGGGUGGAUAAUCCGCCUAGUUUCCUUAAGGACCAGAUGCAGCUGGACAUUGUAACCAUGGUUUCUGAUUAA